UAAAACAAAUACAUUUACUGAUCUAUUAACAAAUGAACCAUUUACACGUGAUGAUAUAAUUACAAUUCAAGAUCCAAAAAAUUUAGAUAAAUUUAAUAUUCAAAAAUUUGCACACUUAAAAAAUGAAUGGAAAUUAGAUGACGAAGACGAAAAAGCACGUCGAACAGAUCCAAAUUAUUUUCUUAAAUCGAUUAAUCACGAAACAGCUGCAACACUUGAUCCCAUUAGGAGCUGCGACAGACAACCGCUACAACCGCGCAGGUUUGACCGGCCGCGGGGGCCUAGGAUGACCUUGCGGACGGGCGCGUCCGUCCGUCCCCCCGC